AUGGGUGACUACUCGAAAGCACUUGAAUUUUACGAAAAAGCACAUAAAAUCUUUCAAGAAGCUCUGCCUUCAAAUCAUCCCUCAUUGGCUACUUCAUACAACAACAUCGGCCAAGUGUAUCACAGCAUGGGCGACUACUCGAAAGCACUUGAAUUUUUCAAAAAAUCACAUGAAAUCUUUCAAGAAGCUCUGCCUUCAAAUCAUCCCGAUUUGGCUCAAUCAUACAACAACAUCGGUGGAGUGUAUUGCAAGAUGGGUGACUACUCGAAAGCACUUGAAUUUUACGAAAAAGCACAUAAAAUUAAAGAAAAAUCUCUUGCUCCAAAUCAUCCCGAUUUGGCUAUUUUAUACAACAACAUCGGUCAAGUGUAUAACAACAUGGGUGACUACUCGAAAGCACUUGAAUUUUUCAAAAAAUCACAUGAAAUCUUCCAGGAAGCUCUGCCUUCAAAUCAUGCUAAUUUAGCUUUUCCAUACAACUGGUUCGGCAGAGUUUAUUGCGGUAUGAAAGAUUACUCAAGGGCGCUUGAGAAUUUCGAAAAGGCGCUCGCAAUACGUCAAAAAGCUCUACCUGAAACACAUCCUAAUCUAGCUAUUACAUACAGUGAUAUAGGUGAUGUUCAUCGAUUAAUGGGUGAUUAUGAAAAGGCACUUUCAUUGCAUCGAAAAGCACUGAAUAUUCAAGAAAAUGUUCAAUGUACUCCUCUGGAAUGCGCAACAACAUACGUAAAUUUAGGUGAAACUUAUCGAGAAAUGAAAGAUUAUUCAACGGCAUUAACAUAUUUUGAAAAAGGAUUAAAAAUACGUGAAAAGAAAUUACCAAAAAAUCAUCCUGAUUUAGCUGUAGUAUAUUACAAUUUGGCAAAAUUAUAUUUCUCGACUCGACAAUAUAAUAUGGGAAUGAAAAAUGUUCAACAAGCAGUAGAAAUAGCUCAAGAAAAAUUAUCUUCAAAUCAUCCACAUCUUGCGGAUUAUAGAGAAACAUUUGAGAAAAUUCGAAAGAAAUUGUAA